AUGGCAUCAAAUACUCUAUUUAAGUUCUUACUGGCUGCUGUGAUUCUUAGUUUGUAUCUUGCCAAUGCACAGACGAUAAAGUUCAUACCAUGCGACAACGUAACUCAGGAUGCUACAAUUAAUGAAGUAGAUGUCAUUCCUUGUCCUAAGCUACCGUGUGAAUUCAAACGAGGAACCAAUGUCAGCGUAUCUGUGACAUUCACCAUGGGUGGAUCGAAAACAGUUACCAAGGCAACGACAGUUGUUCAUGGCGUCAUAGGUGGACUGCCCAUACCAUUUCCAACACCAUACACAGACGCAUGCGCAACAACUGGAAUUAAAUGUCCCUUGAAACCAGAUACUAAGAAUUUGUAUAAGGGCAAACUCUUUGUAAGAAAGGAGUAUCCUCAGGUUAACGUGUACGUUAAAUGGGAGAUGCAAGAUCAAGACUCAAAAGAUGUAUUCUGUUUCCAGGUACCUGCAAGUGUCGUUUAAAACUUUCGUCUCGGUUUUCAAAGCACUGGACACGUUUGGUUAUUGUUAAAAACCAGUAUUCUUUCUUGAUGCGUCUCAUAUACCAAAUGCAUUAAUUAACAAACUUUAAAACAAUUUGGGUUGAAAUGGUCAUCGAAAUUGCUUAAAGAGACAAUCAAAAGGAAAAUACACCCUUGUUGCAUAAGCGCUGUACUUGGGAACCGCUUCAAGCCUGAAGUUUUCCUCAGAUUGAAAUAAAAUUGUCAGAAGUUACCUCAAUUAAUACUAUGUUACUUUAGAGGGAGCCAUUUCUCACUAAUAUUGCUCGUUGCUAAAGUCAGUUGUUAUGCUGAGUCAGUUGUUAUGCUGAGUCGGUUGUUAUGCUGAGUCAGUUUUUAUGCUGAGUCAGUUGUUAUGCUGAGUCGGUUGUUAUGCUGAGUCAGUUGUUAUGCUGAGUCGGUUGUUAUGCUGAGUCAGUUGUUAUGCUGAGUCAGUUGUUAUGCUGAGUCAGUUGUUAUGCUGAGUCGGUUGUUAUGCUGAGUCGGUUGUUAUGCUGAGUCAGUUGUUAUGCUGAGUCGGUUGUUAUGCUGAGUCGGUUGUUAUGCUGAGUCGGUUGUUAUGCUGAGUCAGUUGUUAUGCUGAGUCAGUUGUUAUGCUGAGUCAGUUGUUAUGCUGAGUCGGUUGUUAUGCUGAGUCGGUUGUUAUGCUGAGUCAGUUGUUAUGCUGUUAUGCUUAUUUUGAGUGAUAUCCACAAGUGUCUGGUGCAGUUAACUCACCAUACAUCGAGGAACAAUCUCUUAACUGUAUUUUAAACAAUCUGCAAAUAAUUAUUCACCGGAAAAAUCUUGUCCAUUGUACUUCAGCACUUGCCGUCAUUUGAGUAAGGGCGACCUCUUCGAUAAUUUAAAAUAAGGCCUUUCAUUAGCCCUCCCUACGCGUGCAUAGAUAUGUGUUUUACAUUGUUGCAUCAUCGUUUUACCUCGUAGAGGUUUUACACAACUGCCAUGACCAACAAAAAAACAAUCUGUGAAAGUUAAAACUCAAUCGUUCGGUGGAGCCAGGAGACAACAAAAUUGUGAAAUAAACCUUAAAAUGUCUUUUUUUGACUCGCGAUAUCUAAACUAAGCGUUUUUUUUUUUCGUUUUUUUUUCUACAAAACUUAAACACUUCAUGCAAACAAAUAUUUU